UGGCCACGCCUUGGGGGCGGGAGAGGCGUGGCGUUCACUUCAGGAGAUGUCAUUGGGAACUGCUUAAGGGGUCGGGCGGGGCAGGGUGGGAAGAAGCCAGCGUGACAGCUCCGCUUGAGCGAGGGGGCCUGGCAGGGAUCCGGGCCGGGACGAACUGGGCCAAGGCCCAAAAGGGAGGGCGGGAGGUGACGCGGUUGGGGUCCGGUGGGGUGAAGGGGUGGCUGAGGGAGAAGGGAGCCAGCGAAGCCCUGGCCGACUGCGUGCGUGCGGGGCAAGGGAGGAAGGGGAGGGGCAGGCAGGCAGGCGCAGGCCGGCCUGGCUCCGGGUCCCCAAGACCCCAUUUCGCUCCCAGCCAGACCCCGCAGAUGAUGGGAGAAGUGGAGAUCUCCGCCCGGGCCUACGUGAAGAUGUGCCUCCACGCUGCCCGAUACCCGCACGCAGCUGUCAACGGGCUGCUGCUGGCCCAGGCACCGCAGGCGGGGGGCUGCCUCUGCCUCAGUGACUGUGUGCCCCUCUUCCACAGUCAUCUGGCCCUUUCUGUCAUGCUGGAGGUCGCCCUUAACCAGGUAGAUGUGUGGGGUGCCCAGGGCAGUUUGGUGGUAGCUGGGUACUACCAUGCCAAUGCCUCGAUGAAUGACCAGAGCCCUGGUCCCCUUGCUCUGAAAAUUGCUGGACGAAUUGCUGAAUUUUUCCCUGGGGCAGUGCUCAUCAUGUUGGAUAAUCGGAAACUGGUACCCCAGACUCGAGUGCCACCUAUCAUUGUCUUGGAGCCUCGUGAUCGACGCUGGGUCCCCAAAGACAAGAACCUGGUGAUGUGGCGGGAUUGGGAAGAGUCAAGGCAGCUCCUUCAGGCACUGCUCGAAGGCCGGGCCCACAGGCUGCUUGUUGACUUUGAUGCCCAUCUUGAUGAUAUCCGUCGUGACUGGACAAACCAACAACUAAAUACUGAAAUUUCCCAAUGGGUUGCUGCUGCGAAUGGGACUGCCUGAGCGGGGGCCAUUGUGGCUAGAACCUUAAAUAAAAAGACGGGGGAGUGGUAUGGCAAAAUUUAUUGGUGCCUAGAAGGCAAGUCAUGGAUAAGAUGGGAAGUUCUAGAUGGAAGCUGGACCGUAGCAAGACAAAUAAUCCUAAUGGAAGGGUGGAAUCUUAUGCUAUAUGCUUCAUAUUGAUGGAGAGGGGGAGGCAGGCUCUAUUUUUCAGUAGAUCAUUCCCUUUGUAUCUCCCCUGGGCUUCUUGAUCUUUUCAAAAUUCUUCAGGAUGAUGUCAUAUAACACAGCCUAGAUGCCCAGUAGGAAGGGAGUUGGGGUUAUUAUAAGCCCUCAGCAGAGGCCCUUUAAUGGUUUUCUAAUCUAAAGUAGAAAUUUAUUUUAAUUUCUUCACUUCCACCUAUCCCAGGAUAUACCACAAGAAUCAUUUAUCCUGAAACUAAUAUUUCUUGCCCCCAUAUUAACCUUCCUUACUUUUUCCCUGAUCUUCCACCAAGCAUAUCCCAAGGUUUAGUUCCUUACAUAAGUAUUUCGGAUCUCCAUGACCAUCAGUCUGGUCUCUCCAUAUUGUGCUUCAUCCAGUUCAUGAACCAGCUGUCGGUAGUCACCCUGUGGAGACUUCAGGAUUAGUUCUCCACUCUGGCCUUGUCUAAUGUCCAUCCUACCCUUCCCAGUGUCAGUCCUGGGGGUUUCUUAUUAAUGCCACCCUGGCCACUCUGGACCUGCUUCCCCACUCACCACAUGUGGCUGCUUGGCUGCUUUAGCCACUGCAUCACCCCUUUCUGAGAAAUACCUAGUAGGAGAUGAGAAAAGUGAGGUGGGAAAAUAAUGUACCUUAUGACAGUAAAACAAGGAAGACCUUAAAAAAAAUGGCAGGACUUAGGAUGGAAGUAAAGAGCAGUAAACAUUAGGGCAGAGGCAAGAUGCCCUAGAUCACUUACUUUGAGAUCUGGGUAUGGAAGCCAUCCAGCUUAGUUCGAAGUGUAGUCAUCAGCUCAAAUACCUUCUCCUAGGGAAAAGAAAGGCAGGAAAGCAAUGACACAAAGUAUGGUUCCGAAGCAGGAUCAGAAUUGGGUGUUUGGGAUGGGGCCAGGAUAAAGGCACCUGAACAGCUACUCCAAAGUUGUUUCCAUCUUCAAUUCGGGGGACCUGAAGCUGCAGCCACAUGGAGACCUGAGAAAAACAAUAAGCAGAGACAACUGAAUUCUGUUCCCUGAUUCCAUUCCCUUUUCUAAAUUUCCAGCCUCCCUUAUCACCCCACCCCUAUCAUCUAAGCUUCAACUAUAUUUCCUUAAUUCCACUUGCUCCAAUCCUAUCUUCCUUUUUUUCCUCCCCCACCCCCAAACCCUUACCCUUACUGUGUAUUGGUUCCAAGGCAGAAGAGAGGUAAGGGCUAAGCAAUGAGAGUUAUGUGACUUGCCCCAGUCACACAGCUAGGAAGUGUCUGAGGCCAGAUUUGAACCCAGGAUCUCCCAUUUCUGGGCCUGGCUUUCAAUCCACUGACCCACCUAGCUGCCCCACUAUCUUCUUUUUUCUACUCUGAUAAAGCACUGUGUUCUGAUUGACAGGUACCUUCCCAACUGGUAAGGCAAAGGGCAGCUGUUGUGGAUAAGCUGAUUCUCUAUUGGACAGCCCUGUUCCAAGUCCUGCUAGAGAACUAGGUGAGGGGUGGGACUCACCAGGUUGAGCUGUUCCUUGACAUCUUUGAUUUCAGGCUUCAAUCGUGCCAGAAGGGCCACAAUCUUCUCAUUGCAGCUUACAGGCCCACAAGGAGGACCUAUGGAAUAUACCAUAAACCUAAAACUUGAGUGGAUGGAGGCUGUUGGCUCUGGAGAAUAUCUCACAAGGAUAAUGCAUUAACUAGAGAACCAGGACUCAAACCCCAUCCUUAUUACCUUUAUCUUCAUCUUCCUCUUUUUUCUUUCCAUCCUUAUCCUUCUGCAGAAGGAGAGGAGCCACAUGAAAUCAAGCUUAAGGUUUGUUCACCAUCCUGACAUUCAAAUAUUUCCAACCUCCCUCUUUGUCCUUUCCCCCUUACCUCCUCUUGCUUCCGACGCUCUUCCUUCUCUUUUUCUUUAGCUGGAUCAGGGACAGGGAUAUCCAGGGGGGCCUUUAAGAGACUGAAAUCAGCCUCAUUCAGAGAUGGGUCCUAGAGCACCACAGGGAGAAAAGGUAGUAGUAAAUGCCUUCCCCUUCAAAAUUCCUCACCCUCCCAUCUUUGAGCCAGUGUUCCUUUCCUUGACCUUUACUCUGCCUCCUCCCCAGCCCUAGUACCUUCAAGAAGUCAUCCAGCUCUGAAAUCUUCUUGGGGAAAUAGCUUCCGAGCAGGAUCUCUGCCUGAAAAUGGGGCAUGGGGUGGGGGUCAGAUGUUUAUUGAUUCAUUGGACGGCAGAUCAGGGCAAACAUUCAGCAGAAGAAAAGGAAGCCACGUUUGUAUGAUUGAAGGUGGGGUAAGGAUGUGUUGGAACUAGGGAGAAGGCAGUUUUUCGUAGUGAGGUCUUACCUGAGAGCAUAACUCCUUUCGGAACAAAUCGACCUGUAGGGACAGAAUCCAGUUGUUAUUUAAGACGAACAGGCAGAGAUCUCAAGGGAAGACUCCCAUCUCCUUAAGACAGUGGACUUGCGUGCCAAUGAGGCCAUCCAAAGGUAUGGAACAGUUCCCAGUGGGGCUGAGUUCAAGUGAAAUAUGGAAACAUCCCAGGAGGCCCAGAAGCGGGGGAGGUAUAGAACAGGCGUUUCAUGGGACUGGGUUCAGGGGCGAUGUGGGCACUGGUCCCAGUAGGGCUCUGGCUGUGGGAGGUGUGGAACAGUUUUCAGUCGUGUUGGUGAAAUGUGGGAACAGACCCCAGUGGGGCAGGAUUCUGAGAUCAGGAGAGAGAGGAGUGUGCAGGCUUCCCCUUCUUGUCACCUAUACGAGUCAGGGGCUCUGACCCAUCACCGGUCUGGCUUCCUCUCUCUGCUUCGCCUCACCCCAUCAGACUGAAGCCAUGUCACUGCUCCUUUCCCCAUGGCUGAGGUCCAACCCUGAAACACCUGCUUAGUGUUCCAUUUAUAGGUCCCAUCUCCCCUCCACAUUCAUUGGGGUGGGGGUGGGGGGCUCUAGACCCUAUGAGGCUGCUGCUCCUCACUCCAUGCGGAAGCUUUGCGGGCAACAGUCCUCUGGGCUCUCCAGGCAAAUGCUUGAGUCUCAAGCCCUCUCCACCCCUCUGCUGGAGAGAUCCAGGAGAGGAUGGGGGAGGGGAGUGGGCGAGAAGCAAAGGGGGGCUGAUGGGAUAAAGCUGGAGACCACCGCUCCCUUCCACCCAGUUCCCCAGGUUUCCCCCCUCCCUCCCCUCUGUCCCGCUCACCUUGGCUUGGGCUUCGGGUUUGACACUGAGGGUGGCCAUAACAGGGGGGGCUAAGGGGCCAAACCGAGCAGCGAGGCAGGAGCAAGGGGGAAGGGAAAGUGAAAGCGGUUCUGCCUGUAGGGACUUCCCGGGGAGGGGAGGGACCGAGCCGGAGGCGGGGUCAGGGGGUGGUUGGGAGAGGGUUGGGACACGAAGGGCCGGUGCCGGAGCACCGUUCCAGGAGCCGGACCGAAAGCGCUCUUCGCGGCUGGCUCCGCGGGCUUCUUUCGCCGGUUCCAGCCCCUCGGAAUCUGCUCAGUCUUUGUCUCCAGGGGCCUUUUGACCCAAGGGCAUGAACCCCAUCUCCUUCCAACUCCCCAAGCCACCCUCCACCUUCCUUCCCUUCUCCGCCCGGGGCUUCCUCUUCGCGGUGUCUAGCCCGAGUGACGGCAGACAGACACGAAGGCUCACCCAAACGUUUCCUAAAGUGCAGUCGACGGUGCAGGAAGGACGCGCGCGCCUGUGUGUAUGUGUGUGUGUGCUUGCGCGCGCGUGUGAGACGUACUCUUGGUAGAAUUGUUCAUGGAGGGUGUUGGGUGUAGAGGAGACCUGAGGAAGAACUGUGAGUAGGGGUGAGAGGAAGGGAUGGGAGGCUGGGGCAUCCUCCUUUUAUUUGGAGGUGCCUGUUUAGGAAGUAGGGCAACCCCCCCAGACCACCCUGGAAUGUAGGAAGCGCCAUUCGAGGGUCCCUCCCAUCCUGCUAUUCGGCUGAGGCUCCCCCAACUAUACACCUCAAAUAAAGAGAAGAGUCAGCACU